AUGGAAUUUAUAACAAAUGUUAGUACGUUUAAGAUUGUGAAAAUGAUCGUGCUAUCAAACAUAUUCCGCGGUAGUCAUCAACAACAGCAAAUACAUAGCGAGUUGACGGAGAAAAGUGUUAGAGAAAAACAAACACAUCUUGUGUCACAAAGCUCAUUGAGAUUGAAGAAACGGACGAAAACACACGACAAUAUUAAAGUGACGAUAUCGAAGGAUGAUUGUAAACCAUCGGUCGAUAGAAGACUCUCGAACAGUGUGGAUGCCAUAGUAACACAUAUUGAUACCAAAAACAAAGUUAUAUGUAGUGCCAAAGGAUUACUAGAAACUAAUUUAGACGACCUAUUUAGCGAUGGGAGUAUAGAUAGGUGGUCGGACGAACCAAAGAUCUUGGGUGCUAGUGAACCCAUAUUAAAUACGAAUGAUAAUGCUAAGACCAAAAGUAAUCGAGAAUCUCUCAUGUCGGAUGAUGAGAGUGAUGUAACGGCUAUAGACAGCGAUUGUAUUGACGAGGCGAGCAGUGAGCAAAGGAAAUGUAUGGGCGCGAGGCGGCUCGGGCAUAUGCUAAGGAGGGUGUUGUCUAGAAAUGGUGAGUCACAAAAUACAUUUUAA